CAUUCCCAGAAAAAGUUGCUUAUUCCAAGAGGAUGUCAGCUUGAAGACGGCAUUGUUCUGAACAUCCCCAAACAUCAUUAAGGGAAACUAGGACUGUAAGGUCUGAAGUAAGCAUUAUAUGAAAUACAUGGAUAUUAUGAACAACGUGACAGAGUUUGUUCUACUGGGACUCACAGGGAAUCCAAAGAUGCAGAAAAUUAUAUUUGUUGUGUUUUUUCUCAUCUAUGUCAUCUCUGUGGUAGGGAAUUUGCUUGUUGUGAUUACUAUUGUUAGCAGCCCAUUAUUUGGGUCCCCUAUGUACUUUUUCCUGGCCCAUCUCUCCUUCAUUGAUUCCUGCUAUUGCUCUAUCAAUACCCCUAAACUUUUCGCAGAUGCACUCUAUGAAAAGAAGACCAUAUCAUUCAAAGGAUGCAUGAGUCAAAUAUUUUGGGAACAUUUUGUCGCUGGUAGUGAGAUUAUCCUGCUCACUGUAAUGGCCUUUGACCGCUAUGUGGCCAUCUGCAAGCCCUUACACUAUACAACUAUCAUGAACGCACGGGUGUGUGGCCUGCUAGUAGCAGUGGCGUGGAUGGGAGGACUUCUCCACUCAACCAUACAGAUUUUCUUCAUCUUCAAACUGCCCUUCUGUGGCCCUAAUGUCAUCGAUCAUUUUUCCUGUGAUCUAAGUCCUUUGCUCAAUCUGGCCUGCACUGAUACCCACACUCUAGGACUUUUUGUUUCUGCCAACAGUGGCUUCAUCUGCCUGCUAAACUUCCUCCUCUUGAUGAUCUCCUAUGUGAGUAUUCUACGUUCCCUGAAGAACCACACCAUGGAGGCAAGGCGCAAAGCCCUCUCCACCUGUGUCUCCCACAUCACAGUAGUUGUCUUAUUCUUUGUGCCUUGUAUAUUUAUAUAUUUGAGACCUGCUGUUAUUUUACCCAUUGAUAAGGCAGUUACUGUAUUCUACACUGCAAUAACUCCCAUGUUAAAUCCCUUAAUCUACACCUUGAGAAAUGCACAGAUGAAAGAUGCCAUUAAGAAACUGUGUAGUAAGAAAGCUAUUUCAGAUGACAAAUAAGUGUGUCUUAAGGGCCUACAUUGAUGCUACUGAAGAAAGGAUCACAAGGACAUUUGGUUAAUCUCAGCAAAGAAUGCUUGUGAAAUAAAGAAAAUUAAGUUAACUGCCAUGUGUCAUAAACAGGUGCAUGGAAAUGGGGAAAAGCUAGCCCAUGCCACUCUUUGCAUAUUGGGAAAAAUUCUGUCAA